GCAUUGUAGAGAAAAUCUCGAAAUAAUCAGCAGGCUAAGAUGGAUCCACAUAGUGCGGACAACUGUAAGUGCCACAAGCAGACGCAGCCGGCACAGCAGACGUUAAGCGACAUGGACUUCGAUCGAGGCAUCUGGAAUGCAGCUAUCUAUAACGAAGUGGAGCGUGUUAGGGAGUUUAUCAAGAAGGGUCAGUCGAUGGCUCGGGAUGACUGCGACUACACCGCUCUGCACUAUGCGGCCCGCAAUGGGAACGAGCCCAUCUGCAAGCUGCUCCUCGUCGAGGGCAAGGCAGACGUGAAUGCUGUGACCAAGGCAGGAGCCACCGCGCUUCAUCGUGCAGCCAUGAUGGGCCACUUGGAGAUUGUGAAGGUACUGUUCGAGCACAAGGCUAAUCUUCUGCUGCAGGACGAGUGCGGACAGACUGCUUUGCAUCGAGCAGCGAUGCGAGGCCACCUGGAGGUGUGUCGCUUUCUGCUGGCGAAGGAGCCGACUCUUAAACUGGUCAAGGAUAAAAAGGACAAAAUUGCAUUUGAGUACAUCAUGGAGAACGCCAAUGAUGACUUUAAGCUGCUGCUAAAGCCCUAAAAGGGCUUGUCAUUCCCCAAUCGUUCAACAUUUUUGUAUUCUUUAUGAUCUAAAUAUCUUUGUUUAUUGAGUCUGUUAACACGUUUUCUAUAAAAUUGCACCCGAUAUCGUUGUAAAAUCCUACUUAAAAAUUGCAUACGUCCUUCUUUGUUUGCAUUGUGUGCGAGAUCGAUUGUAUAUGGAAAAGUAAUCUUAACGUUUGCGUAGUCAAAUAACCUAGUGGAUACAUCGUUUAAAUCAUCUAUAUAGACUAUAUACAUGCCUAGUAAACAUAAAAUGUGCAAGUAAUUUAGACGAAGAACAAAAACUCUGUGCCCAACGGGAUGUGCACACAAAACUCGUUUUGAAAAACUCGAGAUUUGCGUGGAUAUUCUGUUCAAAAUUUGUAAUACAUCGUAAGAAAAUUAAUAUCACAUUGGAGUCGUGUAUCGAAGUUGUUAAUCAAUCUGGUGUUGAAAACUUAAGGAAAAUAUUACACAACCUUCCUACACACUCGUCGCCAAUUUACAAAAACUAUACGCUACUUAUCAUAUGGCAAACAUAUAAAACCUAUAUAAUCCGAAUAAAUUCCUAAAGCGCAA